GCUUCAACAUAUUCCACAGGAACAGAGGGCAGGCCUGCCUUCCCCCAGUAGUCAAUGGCACGCACUCUGUAAAAGCCGGAGACUGAGCUUCCUGCAAUGAGAAGGUUAGGUAUAGUCACUUUGAAAGGGUGACAUCAGUGGUGCUUGAAGGAUGUGGAGCAGGUGCUACUCUUACAAAACACAGGUUUGAGGAAUGGACUGGGGAAGUGGUGAAAUCAGUUCUGCACCCUAAGUAAGUGUGUCUGUACCUGUCUAACUAUAAAUAGUUAUAACUUCCUCAAAACCAAAUGCUGGCUCUUCUUUUGUUGCUCCAAGGACCUCCUCUCUCCUUAUUAGGAUUUGGGAGUUCAGUUACAGGACUGCUUUCCCAGCAGUCCCUUUGGAAGCAGGCUAUCACAACUUCUCUGACCAAUAACAACUACUUUCUUUUUUUCUGAUUCACUUGAAAUUCUGGCUGUUAUUACGCACUUGGAACAGGUUAUGUGUGGACAGGACAACAGAGGAGUAGAACAAGGAGCAUGCUGACUCAAAACUCUCUGCUCAACUCAGGAGGCAACACCACUUAGUCCAAAGGAACAGACACAUCAAGUAAACACUGCCACAAUGGAAAGACCACUGGAUGCUACCAGGCUGGAAAGCAGCACCUCUUCCUGUUUUCUUAUGGAAAGAAAGACUCAUGUCCAGAUUAACAUGAAACAGAUCAUGUUAGCCAAGCUAAGGAAGAGCUGUUCCUGCACCCCAAGGAACCUGAAGAACCUUGUCAUGGACUUCUUUCCUGUUUUACGAUGGCUUCCCAAGUACCAGUGCAAAGAGUAUAUCUGGGGGGACAUCAUGUCUGGGCUAGUAAUUGGGAUCAUUUUGGUGCCCCAAGCAAUCGCAUACUCAUUGCUGGCAGGUCUAAAGCCCAUUUAUAGCCUGUAUACAUCAUUCUUUGCCAACAUCAUUUAUUUCUUAAUGGGCACAUCCCGUCAUGUCUCAGUUGGCAUUUUCAGCUUAAUAAGCUUAAUGGUAGGACAAGUUGUGGAUCGAGAGCUUCUCUUGGCUGGGUUUGACUUGAAUGAUGAUGCCCCAUCAGCCUUGGGUGAUAGCUCCCUCUGGAACGACAGUCAACCCAACACGACCACCUUUAAUCUCACCAUUGGAGGAACACGGGUGGAGUGUGGGAAAGAAUGCUACGCUAUUGGCAUUGCUACAGCCUUGACGUUUGUAGCUGGUGUAUAUCAGGUUCUGAUGGGAAUCUUUCGUCUGGGUUUUGUAUCUAUGUACCUGUCUGAGUCUAUGCUAGAUGGCUUUGCAACUGGUGCUUCCUUAACCAUUUUAACAGCUCAAGUGAAGUAUCUGAUUGGAAUAAAAAUCCCACGUAGCCAAGGGCAUGGGAUGCUUGUAAUUACUUGGAUCAAUAUUUUCCAGAACAUUUCUCAUGCUAACCUUUGUGAUGUCAUCACAAGUGCCAUUUGUAUUGUGGUGCUGGUCCUUGCUAAAGAACUGGGAGAUCGCUAUAAGCAUAAGCUGAAAUUCCCCCUUCCUACAGAGCUGGUAGUUAUUGUUGUGGCAACACUGGUGUCACAUUAUGGGAACCUGAAUGAAGUGUAUGCAUCCAGUGUUUCUGGAGCUAUUCCAACAGGAUUUAUUCCCCCCAAGGUACCACGCUUUGACUUAAUGCUUCGAGUCGCUGUAGAUGCUUUGCCGCUUGCCAUAGUCAGCUUUGCCUUCACUGUAUCCCUUUCUGAAAUGUGUGCAAAGAAAUAUGCUUACACCAUCCGAGCCAAUCAGGAAAUGUUUGCUGUGGGAUUCUGUAACAUCAUUCCUUCUUUCUUCCACUCCUUCGCAACCAGUGCAGCUCUGGCAAAAACGCUUGUCAAAACAUCUACAGGCUGUCAGACUCAAGUCUCUGGAGUGAUUAGUGCAACGGUGGUUUUGCUGGUGCUGCUCUUCUUGGCACCUCUCUUCUACUCCUUGCAGAAGUGUGUCCUGGCUUGUAUCAUCAUUGUCAGCCUCCGAGGAGCCCUGAGGAAGUUCCGAGAUGUGCCGGUGCGAUACCAUGUAAACAAAGUGGACACACUGGUUUGGGUCAUUACUAUGUCUGCCUCUGCCUUGAUUAGCACAGAAAUAGGUCUUUUGGUUGGCAUUGUUUUCUCCAUGUUGUGUAUCAUUGGUCGGACACAGCGGCCACGGACAGCCCUGCUUGGUCAGAUCCAGAACACCAGCUUUUAUGAGGAUGACUUGGAAUAUAAAAAUCUCUCUUCUGUUCCAAAGGUCAAAAUAUUCCGUUUUGAAGCACCACUUUACUACGCAAAUAGUAACUAUUUCCUGAAGUCUCUGUACAGAUUGACUGCCUUAGACCCUAACCUAGAAGCUGCUAGAAGGAAGAAAUACGAGAAGAAGGAAAAGCAGCAACUGCAAAAGGGAGAUCACACAACCGCCAAUGGACUGGGCAUGGGAGAAACCACUGCGCAACUAGUCCCGAAGCAAAUUGAUUUCCAAGCCAUUGUUGUAGAUUGUUCCUCCAUCUCAUUUUUGGAUACCACUGGAGUUAAUACUCUGAAGGAGAUACUGAAAGACUAUAAGGAGCUCAACAUUUCUGUUCUCCUGGCUUGCUGCAAUCCCUCAGUAAUAGACUCUUUGAAAAGAGGAGGUUACUUUGGGAAGGAUUUUGGAAGCAUGCAGGAACUGCUGUUCUACAGCAUACAUAAUGCCGUGCAGUUUGCAAGAGACCAAAACCUUCCAGCUGACUGCUCUGGUGUUUAGUCCUGUGUUUUUCCUGCUAUUAUGCUACACAAGUGACAGAUAGGAAGGGCCAGUUUGCAGUAAUCAAGAUUAUCAGACCUACCAUUGGCUGUGUACAGUAAGGGGCCUAAAAGCUAUUCUCCUCUGAAGAGCUCUGUAGUUUGCCAGGUACCACAUAGAAUAGCCACUGCGGGGGGCAGACCAGGACCAGCCUGGAAAAGGUUGGAUUAUCAUCUGCACUUCCACCUUAAAAUGCAUGUGAUAUGCUAUAGGGCAGUUUGGGAUCGACUUCCUCCUUGGGCCACAGUCAUGUGUGACCAAAUAUAUACGUCAUGAGACUGCUGAGCUGGAAAGUCGCUCAAUACCAGCUGCCUCCCCCAGGGGUUUAUUAGCUGGUUUGUAUUAAGAGGCAUGAGCCAUUUCCAAGAAAAUGCAAUGUGUUUAGCAUCUUGACCUCAUAAUGGUUUACGUUCUGGCUUGCAAGGCCCUUGCCCUUCCAUUGUCCCAGGUAUACUCCUGAAAACGACUCCCACUGUUUGCACACAGCUGUGCAUAAAACAGUGUGGGCUGUAACGUCUUUCCUCUUCACCUUGAUUGCAGGGGCUUAAUGACACAAUCUGCUAUUGGAGAAGAAGUUAUGAUCUAUCACAUGUUCUUCUCAAAAGCAUCAUGUUCAAAAAAUACUCGUGGAGUCACCUUUGUUGUUAUGGUAACUAGUUGCUGAAGGUUUUCAUAUCUUUAGUAUCGCAGGAAGAAACAUGACUCUAACGUACAAUUUUGUCACGGCUAGUGAGACAGCAUAAACUAAUAAAAAACUCAAAGGCUUUGACUGGCAGUCUCACUGCUACUCUGAUUGCUGUAUCAUCCUGUCAAAAUGAGUUGCCUUUGUUGGGUGGAUGCAAAUCUGACUCAGAGACACACAAGGAUGAUCAGCCAUAAAUGCUAGAACUGUGAUGAAGCAUAGCAUGUUUUGUCUUAUAACUGCCUGCAUGAGUGCUGGGCUAGCAAAAGAAAACAGGACGAGAAGGCAGGGUGGGAAGGUAAACCUCUGACCUGACUGGAAGAGGACUGCCAGAUCAGGACUGCCGAGCUGGUCUUCUCUGGUGUAAUGCUAACGAAGUUUUAUAGUAGCAUAUCUGGGCCAAUGAAUGGGGCAAUGCUUUGCAAGCUACGUAUCCCUAUAUGCUGGAAAAAUCCCCCUAUUCCUUGUACUACAAGCUUUCUCCCCCCUCUUCCCCCCAUCAAGUUAUUCUUCAAUAUGAUGUCCACUAACCUGUUUCCCAGGGCUGGAUUACUUUUUAUAGUAAUACCAAAUUUGAAUAAAACAUUGGGCCAAGGCACCACGAGACGUGCUUAUUUCAACUUUUCAGGUCACUCAGUGAAAGAACACUCUGACUGAGGUUCUCCAGGUACUCCAGAGCUUGUCUGGCUCUCAAGGACAAAUAUUUCAUUAAAGGAAGAACAGUGUAUUUCCAUAAGACAAAUAAAUAAAUAACUAAAUAAAUAAAUAAAAGGUCUUGAUCGGGAUAGAGAGUAGCAUGGUUUUAGGCGAGUGAUUCAAUCCUGAGGUUCUCAUGCACUCAUUACUCACAAGCAUGUCAGUUCCACACUGUUAGUACUGCCAGAACAGUAAAACCUGACAAAAAUACCUGUCAAGAGAUUACAGGAUUGACCGGUGGCAGCAUUUUCCUGCUUUAAAAUAAUUUAAUUACAUUACUCUUUAAAGUGCUGCCUUGCUAGGAUUAGCUUAUUUCUGUCAUACAAGCAAAUCUGCAGAGGCCAAGGACACAGUGUUGCGUUUUUGUCACUUGUCUUUGUUUGCAGCCUUUCUUUGAUCAGGGAAUCUCACCUAGCAUGAAGAAGUGGUUUACAGGAGUAAUUGCCAGACAAGUUAUCAGUACAGUCACUGUUAGGCUGCUGUGGCAAAGUAAGCUAUUGCAUAAAAUUAACUGAAAUAGUUUAAGUAGAAAAAGAACACAUCUUCUGGCAAUCUAGACUUCCUUUAUCUUUAUGGGCCAAGCUACCAGUCUAGAUCAUAAAGGAAAAGUGCAAAAAAA